GGAGGCCAUGUUGUUGGUUUUUCGCCUCAUCGUGGCGACCCUAGUCUUCCUGAAGGUGUCCUGCAGCCCUGUGAAUCUGGCCCUGGAAGGAGCAUGGAAAGGAUGGAAAGAAACGCACGCUAAGGGCUACCUGGAGGAGGAAGAAGCUUUCCGUCGGACGGUCUGGGAGAAGAACCUGUGGAGAAUUGAACGGCACAAUUUGGAAGCCGCUCGGGGCAAACACAGCUUCCAACUGGCCAUGAACCACUUGGGUGAUCUGACAGAUGAGGAGUUUAACCAGAUGUUGAAUGGUUUCCAGCCCCAGGAAGCCGAACAGUACGAAGAGGGUGACGUUGACUUCCAAGAAUCAGCCACGGCUGAGACACCCAAGCAGGUGGACUGGCGUACGAAGGGUUACGUUACUCCCGUAAAAGAUCAGGUAGUCCGGCUAGAAUUGUUCUUUUUUCUACAUCGACUCGCAUCUCUGUAAAAUCUGCUCUUCCUCCUCCUUCCUUCCUGCUUCUGUUGCACUGAUAUGGAACCAAGGAACCAGUUUUGUUCUCCUGUUCCUGU